AUGUCUGCUCAAGCUCAAGCUGAUUACAAAGAUGACCAACUCAUGAAGAAUGAGUUCGUCUCAACCUAUGACACCGUCAUAGAUUCAUUCGAUGGAAUGAACUUGCCAAAGGACCUCCUUAGAGGAAUCUACUCCUACGGUUUUGAGAAGCCCUCUGCUAUCCAACAGAGAGCCAUCAUGCCAUUGGCCUCUGGUCUCGACAUCAUCGCCCAGGCCCAGUCUGGUACUGGAAAGACUGCCACCUUCACCGUUGGUAUCCUCUCCCAGAUCAAGAUCAGCCUCCAGAGAUGCCAGGCCCUCAUCAUCGCCCCAACCAGAGAGCUCGCUCAACAGAUCCAAAAGGUCGUCAUUGCUCUCGGUGACUACCUCAAUAUCAAGUGCUACUGCUGCAUUGGUGGUACCAAGCUCCAGGACGACAUUGUCAACCUCCAGAAUGGAGUCCACAUUGUUGUCGGAACCCCAGGUCGUGUCUACGACGUCUUGCAGCGUGGUCUGAUCAAGCCAGACACCAUCAAGAUGUUCGUUCUUGAUGAGGCCGACGAGAUGUUGUCCCGUGGUUUCAAGGACCAGAUCUACGAGAUCUUCCGUCUCUUGCCACCCUCAAUCCAAGUCGGUCUGUUCUCUGCCACCAUGACAGAGGAGACCCUGCAGAUCACCACCAAGUUCAUGAAGGAUCCAGUCAAGAUCCUUGUCAAGAAGGACGAGCUCACCCUCGAGGGUAUCCGUCAAUUCUACGUCAACGUUGGCGGUCAGGAGAAGGGCAAGUACGACGUCUUGACCGAUCUCUACGAGUCUUUGUCCAUCACCCAGGCCGUCAUCUUCUGUAACACCCGCAGAAAGGUCGACUGGCUCACCUCCAGAAUGACUGAGGACGGCUUCACCGUCGCCUCCACUCACGGAGACCAGAAGGACCGUGAUGGCAUUCUGUCCUCCUUCCGUUCAGGUAUCUGCCGUGUCCUGAUCACCACCGAUCUCCUUGCUCGUGGUAUCGACGUCCAGCAAGUUUCAUUGGUCAUCAACUAUGACCUGCCAUCCAACCUCGAAAAUUACAUUCACAGGAUCGGUCGUUCCGGACGUUUCGGUCGUAAGGGAGUUGCCAUCAACUUCAUCCUCGACGACGAGCAGCCCAAGAUCAGCGAGUUGUGCCGACACUACAACACCACCAUCCCAGAGAUGCCAAACAACAUCAGCGAGUUCCUUUAA